AUGAUAAAACUUUCGCUCAGGUACGCGAGCGCUUUAUCAAGAUGUCCUUUACAGCUUCGUUCAUUCCACCGAACGGUUUCACUUAGCCAAGAGGCAUCCACCGUACCACCUAGUGAAGUACUGUUUUCUGAAAGUAAAGGGAUUGCUGAUCCUGUAAAAAAAAACUUAGCGGAUAAUGGAUUUUUGAAGGCCACUUCGGUUCAAGGACGCGUUAUUCAAGAAGUGCUUUCGAACCAAGAAAACGCAGUCGUACAGGCGAAAACAGGAACUGGUAAAACUUUAGCGUUCCUCUUGGUUGCAAUAAAGGACAUGCUAAAAGGAAAACCGUCUUUGCAUUCCAAAAAAAUUCAUUCUGUUAUUCUUAGUCCCACGCGUGAAUUAGCUAUACAGAUUUAUGAGGAGGCUAGAAAGCUCACACCAGGUACCAAUAUCAAAACUGGUUUCUGUAUUGGCGGCAACUCGAAGAUUAUGGAACAGAGGACAAUUCAAAAAGGUCUUGCCAAUAUCUUAAUUGCAACCCCUGGCCGUAUGAAUGAUCAUCUCUCAAACCCUGUCGUGAGAAACUCGAUAACUGCCAACUCUUUUGUUCUAGAUGAAGCUGACAGGUUAAUGGAUAUGGGGUUUGCUGAUACUAUUAAAGAUAUCCAUCGCGAUGUUGCAAGUCCUUUUACUAGAAGACUUUGUUUUAGUGCCACCAUGCCGCCCAAAGUGUCAGAUGUUUUUGAGGUUAUCCUUGGGGAUAAGAUGAAAAUAGUAAACUGUUUGGAUCCUAAUGAGCCUCCUACACACGAACGUGUACCUCAAUUUGUAGUUCAGACAGAAUUUGAUUCCUUAUUUCAUGACUCUCUGUCUUUGUUACGAGAGCUAUCUAAACAGCCAUCUCCCCGAAUCAUUGUGUUUCUUCCCACUAUUGGAAUGGUUGAUUUCGUUGCCGAUCUUUUCCGGAGUCAUUUAAAUAUCCCAUGCUUUGGACUACACUCCCGACUUAGCACGACCGAUCGACGUCGUGUCACUGAUAAGUUCCGUAGAGCCCCGAAAGGAGUUUUGUUUGCUACCGAUGUAGUUGCCCGUGGAAUGGACUUUCCCAAUGUUUCUCAAGUAGUGCAAAUCUUUAGUCCUUCAAGUCUUGAUGAUUAUAUCCAUCGCAUCGGCCGUACAGGAAGAGCCGGAAAGAGCGGUGAGGCUUACCUAGUGGUUCCUAAACAGGAGCAAGUUUUCUUAAGAAAUCUUUCCAAGUUGCCCAUUCAAAAUCACUCAGUGAAUAAAUUAUCUGAUGAAGAAAGAACCGAAUUUGACAAGGAUAUGAGCUAUUUACCUGUUGAUAUGCGUACGGAUAUAUUGAAGCCUUUGUACUCUGCAAAAUCUUACAUUUUUGAGAAUCGUUCAAAAAAUGGUGAUCCAACUGAGUUAGCAUUGAAAUUAUUUGGCCUUGAAGACGAACCCCUUGCAAAAUCAGAAUUGAUGUCUAGUCCAUAUGUGAAGAAUAUCAUGAGAAAGUCGUCUUCUAUGGGCAACCGUGGUCCCCGUCGGACUUCUUCUACGCGAUCUUUUCAAGGAAAAGGACAAAAAUCAUAUAGGCGUUUUUGA